AUUGUGAUUGUAGGUAUUGCUGUUUUUCAUUGUUGUGCCUUUGUGCUUUGUGCUACCUUCACAUUACAUUACUUUCUUUACUUACAGCUGAUACCAUUACCUUACCAGUAAAGAACUGUGUUAGGUGUAGGCCUAGGUUAUGUAAAUGAUCACGACGUUGCAUCUGUAAGGAUUCCCUUCCGAUUUUAUUUCAUCAACUCCUGUAUUAUUCUGUGGCAGGCAUAGGCAUAGUGAAAGAAAUGUGUAAUCUCUCGAGAGAACUAAUUCAAUAAAGAUUUCGCUCAAAAAUUUUACUUCGCUUUGCUUCAUACAUAACCUAAUUUACAUUGUUUUGCUUGGAUUUAUUGUGUGUCAAAGAGACUGAAGAAGCAUAAUUUACAGGAAAAUGACUAAUUCAUCCAAAAAUGCCAGUAUAGAAGAUGAAGAGUUUUCUAAUGAAUCUAGUACCUUGCUUAUCCCUCCUGAGGUUAAGAAAGCCAUUGACAAGGUUAUCCCAAGUAUCGAUCCUCUUGAUGAUCCAGACUUUAACCCUACAGAUUAUAUAAAUUCAUUAUUUCCUUCAGAGCAGUCCCUGUCUAAUAUAGAUGAUGUGAUAGCAGAGCUUGAAUGUAAGUUCCAUGGUAUCAAUAACCAAAUAAGUACUGUAGUAGGGCGUCAAACUGACCUAAAAAAGGAUGGUAGAAGGGCACUUGUAGAUGCUCAACUAGUUAUAAAGCAACUGUUUAAUCAAACAUUAGAGAUAAAAACAAAGGCCGAACAAUCUGAAGAAACUGUGAAAGAAAUCACAAGGGAAAUAAAACAACUAGACUGUGCCAAAAUAAAUCUUACAGCGUCAAUAACUACAAUAAACCAUCUUCAUUUUCUCGUUGGAGGAGUGAACACUCUUAAGAUGCUGGCUGGCAAACGUCAGUAUGGUGAGAUUGUGAUGCCUUUGCAAGGUGUUGUAGAUGUAGUCAAACAUUUCUUUAAGUACACUGACAUUCCACAAAUAAAGACAUUGACCGAUGAUGUGCAAGAAAUAAAAAAUUAUUUAGCUGAACAAAUAAAACAUGAUUUUCACAAAGCGUUCACAGGGAUUGGUGCGAGUAAGUUUACCCCAACAAGAAGUCUUGCUGAAGCGUGUUUGGUUAUUGAUAUUUUGGAACCAAAAGUCAAGCAAGAGUUUUUAAAGUGGUUUGUCACAAUUCAGUUUGAUGAAUACUUAGUGUUGUUCUGUGAUAGUGAAGAAAAUGCUUGGUUGGAUAAGAUAGACAAAAGAUACACAUGGUUUAAGAAAUACUUAAUUCAGUGUGAGGAUAAGUUUGGUUCUUUAUUUCCUCCACAUUGGGAAGUUUUUGAACAGAUUACUAUCAAGUUUUGCUUAACUACCAGAGCAGAACUGACCAAAAUUAUGCACAAAAGAGCAAAAGAAAUUGACGUUAAAUUACUCCUAUAUGCAAUCCAAAGAACUUCCAUUUUUGAACAUUUACUUUCUGCUAGGUUCACAGAAAAAAUACUUCUAGAAAAGAAGGACCGAUAUAUCUGUAGUAAAAUAAAUAUUGAGAAAACAUUGAAACAAAAAUCAGCCCCCAUUCUUGUUGACAUAAAAAAUCAAGAGGACAACCAACCCAUCUCUUUUAGAGAACAAGAAAUCUCGGAGUUUCAAAACAUCAUCGGAGAAUGUUUUCUCCCAUACCUCUACAUCUACAUUGAUAGUAUUGACUUAAAUUUAUAUGAUUUGUUUGAGAGAUUUGUGACGGAAUCAAAGCAAGACUUUAACAAUGAGCAGCCAGUGAGAAAAACAAUUCAAGGAGUCCUUCCUUCAAGUGGUGAUCUUUUUGUCUUCUAUAAGAAGUUCCUGGUGCAAUGUAACCAGCUAAGUAAUGGCCUACCUAUGCUUAGUCUCUGUGAAAUAUUUAAGAAGUAUCUAAUGGAAUAUGCUGUUAAGAUUCUUCAAUCCAAUUUACCCGUAUUUGGAGGUUUAAAUAGUGUCUCAAUGUCCUCUAGUGUUAACGGCAUUGCAAGAGAUUUUCCCUCCGCAUCUUCUAUCAUUCAGAACUUUCUCAAAGAAGGUGAAAUAUCUAGAUUUUCCAAGGCCGAUGUUGGUAGGAUAUGCUGCAUCGUAAUAACAUCUGAGUACUGCCUCGAGAUGACUCGCCAAUUGGAAGAAAAGGUGAAAGAAAAAAUUGACCCAUCAUUAUAUGAAAAAAUCAACUUUACUCAAGAGCAUGACAUUUUCCAUAGUGUCAUUUCUAACUGUACACAGCUUCUUGUUCAAGAUUUGGAAAUGGCAUGUGAACCUGCUUUAAGUGCAAUGAGUAAGAUUGAUUGGAUGACUCUAGAAACUGUUGGGGACCAAAGUGCCUAUGUGACUAAAAUAACUUCGCACCUCAAGACAUCCAUACCUUUCAUAAAAGAUAGUCUUUCAUCAUCAAGAAAAUACUUUACUCAGUUUUGUGUUAGAUUUGCAAACUCAAUAAUUUCCAAGUUCAUCAAGACCCUGUUCAAGUGCAAGCCGCUGAGUACAGUAGGGGCAGAACAGCUAUUGUUGGAUACUCACAUGCUUAAAACUGUUUUACUUGACAUUCCGUCCCUGGGAUCUCAUGUUGAUAUGAAAGCACCUGCAAGCUAUAUUAAAGUCAUUUUGACAGGAAUGACUAGAGGAGAAAUGAUUUUGAAGUUGGUGAUGGCUCCAAUAGAACCUGCCACUGUGUUUGUAGACCAGUUCCUCAAGCUCCUGCCUGAUUUUGAUAUUCAAGAAUUUCAGAAAGUCUUGGACAUGAAGGGUUUGAAAGGUGGUGAGAAAAAUAAUUUGUUGUCCAUUUUCCGGCUCAAAAAUCCCUCAGGCUUAGGAACUAGUCCGAAACAGGAUACAAGCAGCAGUGUUUGGAAACUCAACAACUUAAUUAAGAAGAAUGUCGUCGUCAUAAAUGGGGAAUAAAACGGUUAAGGAUACUGUGGCUAAAGAGAGUGGAUAUUUUUUGUUAAUUAAUCAUCUCUACCAUUAUCAAAGUAAGAUUUUGUAAUAUACUUGUACAUUGUACAGUUAUUGUAAACAAAAUU